AUGCAUUCGGGUUACGAGUUACCCGGUCGCUGGCAACCAGCCGCCGAAAAUGACCCGGUUUUGCUAUCCAUGAAGCAGGCCCAAUAUUUUCCGGGCCAAUUCCUCGACCAGGCCCACAAUCUCCCGCCGCAAACCGGGCUGAGCCACCACUAUAUUGGCGGCGGACAAAAUCCAGCGUAUUUCCCGGCCGUGAAUUUCAAUCUAGGGCUGAAUGAGAUUUGCUUGAGAAACAAUGAUUGCAAUAAUAACAACAAUAUUAAUCAUGAAGAGGUGGAUAAUUAUAAUAUGAUCCAUGGGAGUAAGCUCCAUUGCUGGCAAAAUCAAUCAGAUUCGCCGCCGUCCAUUCCCGAUCACCACCUAAGGACCUGUUUGGAUGACGCCAAAAGCAAAACCCACUUUGGCGAGCUGGAGGCCAUAUACGCACCACUAGGCACAGCUGAGGUCAACCAAACAAGCCCUUGCGAAAAAACCGAUAGUCUGCCCGGGACCGCUGCCCGACCGCCCGAAUCUAGGAAAAAGUGGAAAAAGAAUGCGCGGGAAAAUAAUGGGCGUGUGAUUAGCCCGAUGGUGGAGUUUUUCGAGAGCUUGUUGAGGCAAGUGGUGGAGCACCAGGAGAAAAUGCACCGGAAGUUGGGGGAGGUGCUCGAGAGGAUGGAGGAGGAGAGGGUGGCUCGGGAGGAGGACUGGCGGAGGCAGGAGCUGGCGCGCCUCGAGCAGGAGUCGAAGGCGAGGGCCCGAGAGAAGGCACGCGCGAGGGAUCGGGAGGCCGUGAUCGUCUCGUAUUUGGAGAAGAUCACGGGCGAGAGGGUUGGGAUUUGUUCGGAUCCCGAACCGAUGGAGAUUGGCAUCCCCACCGACGAUGUCGGUCCACCAUCACUUUCACUUCCCUCUGCUUCUGCUGAGACAUCUUGGAAUGAUAACAGAGAACUACUAUGCUCGAUGGAAAAGAGAGUUUUUAGUUGGGAUCCAACGCACAACCGGGCCAUUAAGAAGAUAUGGAAAAACAAAUAUGCAACGUAUAGACAAAUCGGGCCAUUAAGAAGAUAUUCAGGUUCUUGUGUGAUUGACGUCCAUAAGCUUAACGAUCGUGCAUUGGAGCAGCAAAAUUUAGAGAGCGAAUCGUCCUCACUUUGCAGCCUAAUCGAGAAACUUCACAACACUAAUCACGAAGUGUCUUCUUCAACAAUGCCUCCAACUAAUCAUGACGAUGAUUGCAGGGCUGAGGAGGAAUUUGGAAAUGAUUAUGAC